GAUGCACCUCUAACUCACUCCUCUCCUCUCUUCUUAACCUCCCCACCCUCUUCCUCCACUCAAAUCUUCUUCUUUCUCUUCCUCUCCUCCGUCCUCCCCCCUUCCUCCUCCUCACCAACACCAAAACCCAGGAAACCCACACUCAAUGGAGGUUUCCACCAAGCAGCUUCUCCCCAUGACUCAUCAGCAGGACCCCAACUCCCCUUCGUAUUCCACCUCCUCAUCGUCGUCGUCAUCCACCUCCCCGUCUCACCCCUACCACCGUGCCCAACCCCACAACCUCCCACCGUCCCCCCGGCCCGUCCCACGCACCAUCGACACCACCCCCUUCCCCACCACCUUCGUCCAGGCCGACACGUCCUCCUUCAAGCAGGUCGUCCAGAUGCUCACCGGCGCCGAGCAGCCCGCCAAGAACGACGCAACGACAGCAACCGCGGGCAACAGCGGCAACUCCGGGACAAACGGUGCCGGCCAGGCGACGAGCGGGCCGUGCCGGCCCAAGAAGCCGUCUUUCAAGCUGUACGAGCGGCGGAGCAGCCUCAAGAACCUCAAGAUGAUCGCGCCGCUGGCGAUGGGCCCGCCGCCGUCGCCGCGGAGGCCCUCCGCCACGCCAGAGAUCCUCUCGCCGAGCGUGCUGGACUUCCCGUCCCUCAGACUCAGCCCGGUCACGCCGCUGACCGGCGACCUCUUCAACCGCUCGCCGGCGUCGUCCUCCUCCGAGGAGGCCGAGCGCGCGGCAAUCGCCGAAAGGGGGUUCUUCCUCCACCCGUCCCCGAGGGGCGCCGAGCCGCCGCGCCUGCUCCCGCUCUUCCCCGUCACCUCGCCCAGGAUGGCCGCCUCCGCGGCGGCACCGUCCGAGUGAGUCAAGAUCCCAACUUUGAUGGCGCGCGCGCCUCUACUCCUAAGUUAGUACAACAUGCAACGACUACUAGUCUACUACUGCAACCUUCGCCGUACUGCUCCUUCGUCACAGUUUUAGUUUUGUAAGGUGUUUGCUGCUGUUCUUGAUCGACGCUGCUGCUGUAAUUUUUGCUCCCUUCUUGAAAGGAAGACGGAGUUUUUUCUUCUUCCUUUUGGAGCCGCGACAGAUUGUACAAUCCGAGCCGAGACUCCGGACUCGAUUUCUUGAUCGCUCGCGGAACCUCCGAAAUGAAAUGAUGGAUGGAUCAGUUAUUAAUCAAUUAAUCAAGCUCAAUUUUGAGCUUAUAGUGCCUA